UUAAGAAAAAAAACAUGUAUAAGACCCUUUCGGCUUUCCUAAGUUCCAUGCAUUUGAAUUAAGUCAGGCUUAAAUAUUUGAAGCUCUCAAAGAACAACGUCAAGUUCACAAAAGAAAGAGUGAGCACAGCUAGAGUAAAAGACAUGAAUUUCCAGAACAAAGAAUGUCUGUUGAACUUUAUUGGCUUUCUGUUUCUUGUUGCACAGUGUCUUUCCAUGGUCGAAGGAGAGGUCCAUUACUAUGAAUUUGUUCUUGCGGAGAAAAACUUCACGAAGCUGUGUAACACAACAAGUAAGUUAGUUGUAAAUGGCAGUAUUCCAGGGCCAAUAAUACGGGUACACAAAGGGGACACAGUAUAUGUCAAUGUUCACAAUCAAGGUUAUUAUGGGGUGACCAUUCAUUGGCAUGGUGUAAAGCAACCAAGAAAUCCUUGGUCAGAUGGCCCAGAAUACAUCACGCAAUGUCCUAUUGAACCAGGAUCAAACUUCACAUAUGAGGUCAUAUUUUCCACUGAGGAGGGAACACUCUGGUGGCACGCACAUAGCGAUUGGACACGAGUCUAUGUUCAUGGUGCCAUUGUUAUCUUGCCUACUAUUGGAACAACUUAUCCAUUUCCCAAACCGGAUGAUGAGGAUAUAAUCAUUCUUGGUUCAUUGUACAGUGGAAAUUUAACAGCCGAAUUGGAUUACGCCCUAAUAUAUGGCGAUGAUCUGCCACACUCUAUUGGUUACACCAUAAACGGCGAACCAGGUGAUUUGGGUCCAUGCUCCAGAGGAACAACAUACCGUCGGGUGGUUGAUCACGGCAAGACCUAUCUUCUUCGUCUAGUCAACUCAGUUGUGGCAGCAAAUAUGUUCUUUGCAAUAGCUGAACACAACCUCACAAUUGUUGGAAUGGAUGCAAGUUAUAUCAAACCCAUAACUACUAGUUACGUAAUGAUAGCCGCAGGACAAACCAUGGAUAUUCUGCUCACAGCAAAUCAGACUCUUGGCCAUUAUUAUAUAGCUGCUCGACAAUUCUGGAGCCAAGAGGUGGAUCUUACAAAUUUUGACCUAUUCAAUGUCACCGCGAUCAUCGAAUACAGAGGAAACUACACUAUUCCAUUAUCUCCUUCCUUUCCAAGUACACUUCCCAAUUACAAAGACUCAAGAGCUGUCAUAAAAUUCUCAAAACUUCUUAGGAGCUUAGCAAGCAAAGACCAUCCCGUAAAUGUCCCCUUAAACAUAACCACCAGAAUGUAUAUUACAGUUUCCAUGGCUGAAAUUGAAUGUAAAAAUACCACAUGUAUAGCAACCGGUGAAGAAAUUAUAAUAGCCACAAGUGUGAAUAGCAUAAGUUGGAGUAACCCAGUUCCUACUGAUGUACUGCUUGCUUACUACAGGAAUAUUACUGGGGUUUACACUACGGAUUUCCCAGACCAACCCCUUAAUUAUUAUAACUUCACAGCUGACGAACUUCCAGAAGCUCUGGCAAUGGCAGACCUUGGGUCCAAGGUGAAGCUGUUGAAUUAUAAUGAAGCAGUUGAGGUUGUUUUUCAAGGUACCAAUAUAUUGGGCGCUGGGUAUCAUCCAAUGCAUUUGCACGGGCAUAGCUUUUACGUGGUUGGAAGUGGUUAUGGUAAUUAUAACAAUGAAACCGACCCAAAAAAAUUUAAUUUGGUUGAUCCAGUCGCAGUUAAUACCUUCGGUGUGCCUAAGAAUGGAUGGCUUGCCAUCAGAUUUGUAGCAAACAAUCCAGGUGUGUGGUUUUGGCAUUGUCAUGUAGAUAGACAUAUGACCUGGGGUAUGGCUGCUGUUUUUAUCGUAAAGAAUGGAGGCACUGCUGAGACAAGUAUUCGCAAACCUCCUCCUCACUUGCCUCCAUGUAAUGUUCCCUUAGAAUCGCGGGUCCAAAACAAUGAUGGAUCAGAUGGAAAAGAAAAUCAAACAAUUUUUAUCUAAAUGGAUUGAUUUACUUUUUUUAUUUUUUGAUGAAUGUAUGAAUUGAUUUACUUAUGUAAUAAGUUUAUUGAACGUUGUAUUGCCUUAACUAUUUGUACUUCCUAGUCAAGAGAAAUUAUUCAAUAAUCUCAGAGCAAUGCUCCUUCAUUUCA